AUAAGUGAUUCAAUUUCCCCCUACAUUUCUAUUCUUUUGCAAUACUUCAUUUGCUGGUAGUUUCUAUGUCCUUUUUAUAUACAUUUUACUGGUUUUUUCCACAUGCGUUAUUACACCUUUAAACUGAAAUUUAUUGCUACCAUCAUUAAGUUUAUGUUCUAUGCUGAUACUUUGCUAAUUGUUCCUUGCUUUCAUAAUGUUCAUGUUCAUGUUUAUUUUGUCUUUGUUUCUCUCAUUUCUCCUAAUGCACACAUAUUCUUUUAGAUCCAACUUUAGUGAAGUAACUUAUGGACCUGAUUACAUUACAUACAUGUGUGUGUGUAUAUAAGUGUAUUCUGGUGGAAAGGCUUUAUGGAAGAAAAUUUAUAAUGCUGAGUUAUUUGUAGAAAAGGAAAAGAAAGAACUUCUGAACUUUCCGUCGGUUUUCUUUAUGAUGCAAUACACAAUGGUUACCGAAGGCUUGUGCAAUGGUUGUUUGUUUAAUAGUCCUUAGAACUCUUGACAAAAACAAGCCUACUCCAAAUGAAAUGAUACUUUAUUUUUGCCAGCUGUAAAAUUGUAGCUUGAGCACGAAAUGCACUCUCCCUUUCCAAGACACUCCCAAAAAAAUUAUAAUAAAAAUAAUAAACGACCUACAAAAAGAAAAGAGCACGUAACAAUUUUCUAUAGAAAAGUCAAUGAAUGAUGGUUCAACAUAGUUUGCAAGCAAUAAUAAACCACUUGGGGAGCACUGAUCUACAUAUCAUUAAUUUGGAACAUUCAGUUUGCCAUUCAGUGAACUUCCCUGUCCUUAAAAUAAAUUACUAUUUCCCUGGCUUUAAGCAUAUUACUUUUUCCCAGUGUUUGGCAUCAUCUUCUAGUUUUGUGAUCUUUAUAAUGUCUUACCAAUUAUCUCAAAGACUCAAAUAAUAUGUUUCUUGUGUUUUCUUAAGUACCACUGCAUUAAUCAAAGGUUUAGAACUAUGGAAUAUAAUUAUAUUUGUUAAACACUAGCAUUUAGAGAAAACAAAUGCAGCGCUUCAAUUGGUGAGUAAAAACGUUUUGGCAAUUAUUUUAUUUUAACGUUUCUGUUUGAAUCUUUCAACGUGGUGCUGGAUCAAAUGGAGUUGUGAAAAAGAUGUCAUGCGGCCGACUCAUAGUAUAUUGUGAUUAAUGUUUAGCUGCUUCUUUCUGUUGGAUUCUUCAGUUUUCAUAACAUUUGCAUAUGUUGUGCAUGCCACUUUUGUGAUACUUGUGUGAAUGUGGUACUCUAAUAUGAUGCUCAAGAAUGAGUGAAACAUAUGAUAAAUUGAGGUUCACCUAAUUGGACACUGGAUCCUCCCUAAGGCUCCUAGUUGAGUGCGGGAAACUUAGCAGCUUUUACACUGUAUAACAAGCGUUUCCUGCAUGUUGAUUCCAAAUUUUCACUAGAAAUAAUGAUUGACAUGUUAGAUAACUAUCAUAUAUAUAUAGCUGGGAUUAUGCCAUGUAAAGAGUGCCCAUAUUUUCAUCUGAAGAUAAGUUUCAACUUUUUUUUGCAUUAUAUUUUAUGGUUGUGACAAUUAUAUCAUAUUUUAUGGGUUUAAUUUGUAAUUAUUAAUACUUAAGGUGCUGGAGAUAGUACUAGUUAAAAUCCAAGGAUUCAAUUUUCUAUCAUUAUAAUUAAAGGACUAAAUGUUGUCAUAUGAAGAUUGGGUACUUGGCUUGCAAUUAUAUGAUAUUUAUCCACUUAAAAGGAUAAGCGACCAUUUGAUUUUCAUUUUUGGGAAAGAAAGAACACAAAGAGUAGAGGAGAAGAAUCGGGAAACAUGAGGAAGAAAGGAAGGCAAAAAAAGAAAAAAGAAGAAGAAGUGGGUUUUCAAGCUUGGGUUCUCAAUGGCUUGAGGAGCCUGAUGAUUUCAGAGUUAUAGUCACACGACACAUUGAGUGAUACGAGUCAAUUUGAUAAAGCACGAAGUAAUUAUUUUGGGCCUGUUGCAUAAUUUUUUCAUAAGCAUUUGAUUUUGGUGCAUAUUUACUAGUAACUCAUAGUCAGCCUUGAUGGUGGAGCCUUAAUGGUGGAUCUGACAUCUAAUUAGCAUUUGUCAUCGACGCACGUCGAGUUUCGGGUCCACUAGGGUGAUUCAAAACAGGUCGUGUCGCUUUAAAAUAUACAUGAAAUCAGUUCAAUCCAUUCGCGAGCUUCCAUCAGCAAUAAAUAUCUUGGACUCUACAAGUACAGCCCCCUCAUGUGAUGGAGCUAUAAGUCUUGCUGUACACAAGAGUGUACAGCAAGCACAGCCCAGAAAAAAAUGUGUUCCUAGAAAGUUGAUUAGAAAUUUUCCCUUCCUGUGGAAAUUGAGCGCGGUCUAUACUUAUAUUCUGUUUGUGUCUUUACAGGCUUGGCGACUUAGUGCCAUCGUAAUUGCUAAUUUCACUUAAACACUUCCUUUAUACAAAAGAAAGCCUAAAAAACAAGAAGAAAAUGAAACUCAUGAGAGUAAAUGUUAACUGCACCUUUUGCUUUUCUCAAGGUGCUAAUAUUUCUUAUUGCAACCUUCCUUUGUUUGAUGCAGUUUUGAGGCAAUUAUCUUUCUCACCAGCAUAUGAGGGAACAUCAACGGGUAGGGAUUUUGGAGGUUCGACUUCAUCACGGUCAGACAGCAGUGAUUAUGAUUCCAUUGCCAAGUCUCAUUCCUCACAUCAUAACUUCUCAAGGCGCCGUUGCUUUAUGUCCAAAGCAAUUCACCCUUUAUCCUUUCCAUCAGAAACACCCACAAGACCUACUGAUGACACGGCUGUCAGGCUGCCUGAAUUUGAUGCCAUUAAUCUACGAAAAGACAAGAGCCAUUUGAGCAGUGCUAGUAGCAGUCUUGACCUCGCAGAUAUUUCGGAGCCACUUGAAUCUGAUUUGUCUUGUACAUCUUGUAAUCCUCCUGAUAAGUUCAGAUGUGGAUUGUGUGAGAGGUUUCUUUCACAGAUAUCACCUUGGAGUUCUCGAUGGAUCAUUAGAAGUGUGGAUAUGCCAGUUGCUGCUGUUCUUUCAUGCCGUCAUGUAUUCCAUGCAGAGUGCUUGGAGCAAACAGCACCAAAGGUACCCAAAAGUGACCCACCAUGCCCCAAUUGUUUCAAGUUUGAAGAGGAAAAUUCCCCAGAUCAACAGGUGUUUUCUAAGUUGAUGAGUAGUUUCCCAAGGCUUAAACAUUUUCGCGAAGAUGUGCCGUCCAAGCAGUGGGGCAGUUUACAAGCGGAAGAUUGUGUUGAAGGGGCUCUGCAUUCACCUACUUGCAACAAUCUAGUUAACCGAAAUCGAUUUAGGACAAAUCUUUCCUUGAAGGGCAAUUCUGGCAGGGAAUUGCCAGGAAAAUUGUGGAAAAGUGGCUCUUAUUCUACCCAAUUAUUUGCCGGAUCAGAGGACCAUAGAGCUGCUGGAUCUUUGAAGACAACGGCAGGUCCAGUAUGAAGCAAGCACUACAUAACUGCAGAUUGGCUGUUCCUUAACAAGGGACUUCUUGUUGUACAUGUUAAUCUAAUCUAAAUGUGAAGAUGUUUGGGUUGAUAUUUAUGUCAUGAAACAUUAUUGUAAUUUUCUGUAUUUCUACAUUUUUCGAAGUUCUAAGCGAAAAAGAUUGGAUUUUGAAUUUUUUU